CGUCUCUGCAGAUGGCAGCAGCCCCUGUGCUCCCUGCUCGUGUGCCUGGGCCUCAACUUCCUGCUGCUGACGCUGGACCAAGCUGCCUGGUACUCGGUGCUGCUGCUGGUGCUGGUGCCGGCCCUGCAGGGCUACCUGCAGGAGACGUGUCGCGCGCGGCCCUCGGAGCCCGAGCUGGUGCGCAGGAGGUUCCACAGCGUCCGCCGCCAGGACCUGCGCACGGUGCAGCUCUCGCGCCAGGAGGCCGUCGCCCAGGUCAAGGGCUUCCUGAUCCAGCUGGAGGCCUUCCUGAGUGGGAUGUGCUGCAGCUGCGAGGCCAUUUACCGUGUUCUCUACUGGGAGAACCCCACUGUCUCCUCCCAGUUCUACGGGGCACUGCUGGGCUCUGUCUGCAUCCUCUACCUGCUGCCCCUCUGCUGGGUCCUGGCUAUCCUCAACAGCACCCUCUUCCUGGGCAAUGCCCAGUUCUACCGUGUGAUACUGGAGCUGAAAGCCUCGAUCGAGCAGUGUCUGGGCAACAGACCUCUUGAGAACACUCCAGAACCUGCUGAGCUGCUGCCAGCUGCUGCCCCGCCGGACCGGACCCCCACACCCACCAGCACAGAGGACCUCACCCCUGGCAGCGUGGAGGAGGCUGAGGAGGCAGAGCCAGAUGAAGAGUUCAAGGAUGCUAUUGAGGAGAACCAGCUGCUGGUCAUGGAGGAUGAUGAAAGCUCUCAGUGUUCCUCAGAGUUUGACCUCAGCCUCCCAGACAAUGGUUUUAUGAGCAAAAACGAGGUGAUUCGCAGCAAGGUGUCGCGGCUGACCGAGCGCCUGCGCAAGCGCUACCCCAGCAACAACUUUGGGAACUGCACGGGUUGUGCAGCCACCUUCUCCGUGCUCAAGAAGAGGCGGAGCUGCAGUAACUGCGGGAACAGCUUCUGCUCCAGGUGUUGCUCCUUCAAAGUCCCCAAGGCUGUGAUGGGAGCCACAGCCCCUGAAGCUCAGCGAGAGACAGUUUUCGUGUGCGCUCUGUGCAACCAGGUGCUCAUCAAGUGACGGGAACAGUCCUGGCCAGCGUGUGGGCCCUGUCCUGCCUGGCGGGGUCCCGUACUGCCUCGUGG